AAGCGGCGUUCUUUGAGCGCGUCGCUACUUUAUUCUUCUUUCCUUUUCCUCUUCUUUAAUUUGCUUCCUUUUCUCUUUAUCGCUUAUAAAAUGUCACUUGUAAACAUUUUGAAUGUUCAAGUCUUAGAUAAUCCUACAAAAUUCACAGAUCCCUUUCAGUUUGAAAUUACGCUCGAGUGCAACGCUCCUCUUCCAGAUGAUCUCGAAUGGCGAAUGAUUUAUGUUGGAUCAGCCGAAAGUUCCGAAUACGAUCAAGUACUCGAAUCUAUUAUGCUGGGCCCUAUUCCUGUAGGCAUCAAUAAAUUUAUUUUCUCGGCUGACGCACCUAAAAUUGAACUGCUACCCAAAGCAGACCUUUUAGAAGUAACAGUUGUCUUGCUGUGCUGCCUUUACCAAGACAAAGAAUUUGUUCGUAUUGGUUACUACGUCAAUAAUGAAUACAUAGAUCAGGAAUUACAAGAGAAUCCUCCUGAAGAGCCUAGGAUUGAUCGCUUACAAAGAAACAUUUUAGCUGAUAAACCGAAAGUAACCAGAUACACAAUUGACUGGAUGAACCCUCAAAAUACAAUUCCUCAGCAAGAAGAGAAAACUACAGAUGCUGCCGAGCAGGAUAUGAUGGUUCAGUAAUAGAGUUCUUUUU